GGCGGCGUUGGUUUGAAGAAGACCUUCAGCGUUGCCCUGGCCGAGCGGGACGGGCCCUCUGGCUGGAGCUAUGUGUAACACACCGACUUACUGUGACCUCGGAAAGGCUGCCAAGGAUGUCUUCAACAAAGGAUAUGGGUUUGGCAUGGUCAAAAUCGACCUGAGAACCAAGUCUUGUAGUGGAGUGAUGGAAUUUUCUACUUCUGGUCAUGCGUACACUGAUACGGGAAAAGCAUCUGGCAACCUAGAGACCAAAUAUAAGGUCUGUAGCUAUGGACUUACCUUCACCCAGAAAUGGAACACGGACAACACUCUGGGGACGGAAAUCUCUUUGGAGAAUAAGUUGGCUGAAGGGUUGAAACUGACUCUUGAUACCAUAUUUGUACCGAACACAGGAAAGAAGAGUGGGAAGUUGAAGGCCUCCUAUAAACGGGAUUGUUUCAGUCUUGGCAGUAACGUUGACAUUGAUUUUUCUGGACCAACCAUCUAUGGCUGGGCUGUGUUGGCCUUUGAAGGUUGGCUUGCUGGCUACCAGAUGAGUUUUGACACAGCCAAGUCUAAACUGUCACAGAAUAAUUUCGCCCUGGGUUAUAAGGCUGCAGACUUCCAGCUGCACACUCACGUGAAUGAUGGCACUGAAUUUGGAGGUUCUAUCUACCAGAAGGUUAACGAGAAGAUUGAAACGUCAAUAAACCUCGCUUGGACGGCAGGCAGUAACAACACCCGUUUUGGCAUUGCUGCGAAAUACAAGUUGGAUUGCAGAACUUCUCUGUCUGCUAAAGUAAAUAAUGCCAGCCUGAUUGGACUUGGCUAUACUCAGUCCCUUCGACCAGGAGUCAAGCUGACCCUCUCAGCUCUAAUUGACGGGAAGAACUUCAAUGCCGGAGGCCACAAGGUUGGCCUGGGAUUUGAACUAGAAGCUUAAUGUGGUUUUGAGAUUUGGCCCUGGAGGUGAAGCGAAAAGAACCCACUAUGUUUUGGCCUUAAAAUUCUUCUGUGAAAUUUCAAAAGUGUGAACUUUUUAUUCUUCCAAAGAAUUGUACACCUUCCCACACUGGAAUCUAGAGUGUGCAAGUCCAUCCCAAGGGAGGCACUUGGAGGCAUGCGUGGAGGUUGUCAUGUUUGUGCCACAUUUCAGUUCAGUCCCUCAGUGUUGUUUGCGUGUGCUCCUCAGUGACAGCGUAGUGUCUGGUUCUAAAGGAAAUGACCGACCCUCCAGUUUGUACAUCACGUCCUGCAUGUCCUACACCGCUAUUUCAUGACCUUUUAAUGUAGAGGUCUCUGCUGUAGUGGAGUCUUUGGUUUCUGCAUCAGAGUAAAAUAAAUCCAUCACAUUUGGAGCAUAA